AAAGCCUUUGAUACCUGAAAGAUGGCGACUGAACGGAGGAUGGUGUCUGGUCGAGGCUGUGUGUCAAUGUUUCUGGCCAUGUUCUGCUUAUUCUCCUCCGGGACUUGUGACGAACAGGUGCCGCUGGUUCUGUGGACCAGUGAAGGGUCUGGUCUACUGUCUCUGGCCGGACCUGCUGCUGGUCAUAUAGUGGGAGUGUCCCAGUUAGGAUCCUACCUGGAGAAUGCUCUGAACUCCGCCCCACACAACAUCCUGCUCUUUCUACAGGACAAGAUGAGCGUUGAAGAUUUCACUAUGUACGGUGGUGCAUUUGGCAACAAGCAGGACAGUGCUUUCCCUAACCUAGAGAGGGCGCUGCUCUCUAGUCCCUCCCCCUUUGUCCUGCCUGCCGUAGCCUGGCCUGCAUCCAGUACUGUGAUUGGUCAGCUCCAGGACCAGUUGGACACCUCUCCUCUUUACAUGGACCCAGAGACCCUGAGCCAGCUACGACUCAAUGGUUCUACCCCUGCCCUGCUGGUCUUCAGACUGCCCUACAGCACUGGGGCUGAUGUGAUGUCUGCUAAGGAGGUUCUCCGUGGGAACGAUGAGGUGAUUGGACAGGUGAUUAGCAUUAUGAAGAGCCAGUCUGUCCCCUACACCGCCAUCUACACUGCCAUCAGACCGUCUCGGGAGGCAUCAUCAUCAAUAUCUGUGGAGGCUGGUGUGGGGGGAGGCCGCUCCCUACUGCAGUACGCAGACAAACGGAGGGAAAGAGAGAGACAGAGGGAAAGAGAGAGACAGGAGAAAAAGGUUCAGGAGAGAGCAGGAGUUUACCCUCCUGUGGACUUUAAGGAGGGAGGAGCCAGCUGUAUCCUGCUAUGGGCGGAGAACCUGACCGUGAGUGUCCUCCGUGGGGGUCGAUGGGAGCGACAUGACCUGACCUCUCUGACCUUUGGAGAAGGCGUGACACCAAGGCUGCAGGGCUCCCGCUGCAACCAAUCACACUCCAGUCUGGUACUAAACUACGAAAAUAUCCUGGGACAUCGCUCCUUCAGACUAGUCUUCGCCAUGUCUCAGCGUCACUAUAAGGUCUCCGCCCGGCGGUGGUUCACGCUAGACGCUGUGGAGAUAGAGUACGACGGUCAGAAAGCAACCUUUAACGGGAGCCGGAACGUGUACGCACCGCUCGAGUACUCCUACCGCUGUCAGUCCGUCACUAACUUCAGAUACCCCCUCCUGGUCCCGCGCACCUCAAAAGACCCUGCCAACCAGUGGAGGGUUUCCUUCACUGACUUCCAGAUCCAGGGCUUCAGCGUGUCCGGCGGGGAGUUCUCCUACGCGAGCGACUGUGCUGGGUUCUUCAGUCCUGGUAUCUGGAUGGGUCUGAUGACCAGUCUGCUCAUGGUUCUGGUUCUGACCUACGGCCUUCAUAUGAUCAUGCAGCUUCACACUAUGGACCGCUUUGACGACCCCAAGGGCCCUGCUAUCUCUGUUCCACAGACCGACUAAUACACACACCAUGGACCGCUUUGACGACCCCAAGGGCCCUGCUAUCUCUGUUCCACAGACCGACAAGCACACACCAUGGACCACUCUGACGACCCCAAAGGCCCUGCUAUCUCUGUUCCACAGACCGACAAACACACACACCAUGGACCGCUUUGACGACCCCAAGGGCCCUGCUAUCUCUGUUCCACAGACCGACAAACACACACACCAUGGACCGCUUUGACGACCCCAAGGGCCCUGCUAUCUCUGUUCCACAGACCGACUGACACACACCAUGGACCGCUCUGAAGACCCCAAGGGCCCUGCAAUCUCUGUUCCACAGACCGACUAAUACAUACACCAUGGACCGCUUUGACGACCCCAAGGGCCCUGCUAUCUCUGUUCCACAGACCGACUGACACACACCAUGGACCGCUUUGACGACCCCAAGGGCCCUGCUAUCUCUGUUCCACAGACCGACAAACACACACACCAUGGACCGCUUUGACGACCCCAAGGGCCCUGCUAUCUCUGUUCCACAGACCGACUGACACACACCAUGGACCGCUUUGAUGACCCCAAAGGCCCUGCUAUCUCUGUUCCACAGACCGACUAAUACAUACACCAUGGACCGCUUUGACGACCCCAAGGGCCCUGCUAUCUCUGUUCCACAGACCGACAAACACACACACCAUGGACCGCUUUGACGACCCCAAGGGCCCUGCUAUCUCUGUUCCACAGACCGACUGACACACACCAUGGACCACUCUGAAGACCCCAAGGGCACUGCAAUCUCUGUUCCACAGACCGACUAAUACAUACACCAUGGACCGCUUUGACGACCCCAAGGGCCCUGCUAUCUCUGUUCCACAGACCGACUGACACACACCAUAGACCGCUUUGACGACCCCAAGGGCCCUGCUAUCUCUGUUCCACAGACCGACUAACACACACACCAUGGACCGCUCUGAAGACUGCAAGGGCCCUGCAAUCUCUGUUACACAGACCGACUAAUACAUACACCAUGGACCGCUCUGAUGACCCCAAAGGCCCUGCUAUCUCUGUUCCACAGAUCGACUUAACACACACACACCAAGGGGAGGGGUCUGUUACCGAGGGGAGGGGUCUGUUACCGAGGGGAGGGGUCUGUUACUUAGGGAAGGAAUCUGCUAUCAUUCCUGUCCUUUUUUCCAUUGUUGGUGUGCAAAUUCCAAACUGUAAUAAUUUUGUGUGUAUAUAUAUAUAUAUAUAUAAAUAUAUAUGGGUUGUUGUACUAUAUAAAAUAUGCAGAGGGAGUAUGAAAUAUAUGAAGUGUUUAGUAGUCCAACAACACGUGUGUGCAUUUGUGUGGUCAGUGUAGCGUGUGUGUAUUUGUGUGGUUAGUGUAGCGUGUGUGUAUUUGUGUGGUUAGUAGUUAGUAGGUUAACUAGUUUGGGUCACGGCUCAAAUGUAGUGCACACAUUUAGACAACAGGGCUUUUUCAUAGGGCACUAGGGAAAACUAGUGCACUCCUUUAGAGAAUAGGGCUCUUUCAUAGUGCACUAGUUUAGAGAACAGGGCUCUUUCAUAGUGCACUAGUUUAGAGAACAGGGCUCUUUCAUAGUGCACUAGUUUAGAGAAUAGGGCUCUUUCAUAGUGCACUAGUUUAGAGAACAGGGCUCUUUCAUAGUGCACUAGUUUAGAGAACAGGGCUCUUUCAUAGUGCACUAGUUUAGAGAACAGGGCUCUUUCAUAGUGCACUAGUUUAGAGAACAGGGCUCUUUCAUAGUGCACUAGUUUAGAGAACAGGGCUCUUUCAUAGUGCACUAGUUUAGAGAACAGGACUCUUUCAUAGUACACUAGUUUUCCCCAGAGCCCUAUUUUGGCAUUUGUUUUCAUUAGGGUUGUUUGAGUGUUUAGAUGUGGACAUCUUAACCAGAAGUUACUAAAUGCAUAGAGAGGAAAUGGAGGGCAUUGUUAUUUUAAUGUUACAUGUUUCAAUGAGGUUCACAACAAGACUAUUAAAAGUUACCACGAGGGAAUGUUGAGGCAAACAGGUGGAGGAAACAGGUGGGGGAGACAGGUGGAGGAGACAGGUGGGGGAGACAGGUGUUCGAGGUCCCGGGUUUUUCCUGCCGUGUGUCUACUACCAACAGUUGUUGUUGUUGUUGUUGUUUGAGUUGAUAAAGUAUUUAUUACAAUUGUUUUUUGUUUAUUUAUUUUGGUUGUGAGAUUUAUUCAUUUUAGUGUGGUUUAUGAGUUGUGCUUUUGUUCAAAAGGCUGUUGCCUGUUUUUUUUGUAGAACCACAAUCAAAUUAAUAUUUGAAUAAAUGGUUUUACUAUAAAAUAAAUGUUAAUAUGAAGUACAUAAUAGUGUGUACAUUAUGGUGUUGCUGUAACCCCAAUAAAGCCCUGAUAACAAUGUGAA